AUGAAACCCCUAUUUUACAUAUAUAUUGUAGCAGCAAUUAUUCAUUUACUCUUUUGGUUGAAUCUUAUUCCAUAUCCAACAGUACGACAACGUUCAAUGCAAUGGCUUUAUACUUAUUUAGCAAUUGAUGUUCUUCUUCUCAUUCGUGUUUUUUCAAUCUAUGCUUAUCAAUGGCGAUCAAUGUGUGUACCUCAUUUUCUUCGUACUAUUAUGUGUUAUUAUGAAGCAAUUAUUGAUAAUUAUCUCAAUGUUUUACAAAGUUAUAUUAUUUUAGCAUUAAAUAUUUGUCGUUAUUUACAAAUUACUGACAAUCGUGAUAUUUAUGUAAUAAGACAUCGUACAAUUAUUAUUAGUCAUUUUCUUAUUUAUAUUUUACCAAUUUUAUGUUAUAUUAUCGCAAUAUUAUGUCAUUGGUUAAUUGUCUUUAAACCACAAAAUGAUAUAUGUGAUCUUGAAUUAACAUCAGCAGUUGUUCAAAUCUUAUUUCUAUUAUUUUCUUAUUUCAUACCACUUGUGUUUACCUCAAUUUUUCUUUUUCUUAGUCUUAGACAUAUUCGAAAUACGAAUGGUAUUCGAACUCAACAAAUAAUCGAAGCACGAUUAAAAUAUCAUCGACAAUUAAUUAUACAAUCAGGUGCAUUCUAUUCUGUAUGGUUAAUAUUAUGGUCGCCGUAUUUACUCUUGUUUCCAUUCUAUUACCGACAUAGUACACAGGGUACUAUAACUGAGAUUUUUAUUUGUAUUGGUAUAGUACUUGAUCCAUUUAUAGUCGCUGCACUUGAUAUUAGAUUUUUACGAGCAUGGCAUUCUACUUGGAAUCAUUUAAUUGAAUGUGUAAGACCAGUGCGUGUUGCACCGAUGCCAGUAGCUAUUGCACCCAAUUAUUAA